GCCUCCUCAGAUCCAAUGGGCGCGGCGCCGUCCACGCCGAGGCUGGGCGAGCCGGCGGCCGCGGCGGCGGCGCCGGGGGCCGCGGAGCGGAUGUUCGCCGCGCUCGUCGGCGCCGAGGCCUACCCGGCCUCCUCCGAGUUCUGGACGCAGCUGCUCGACCUGCCCCUCACCCUGCACUGGCCGCGCGGCCGCGUCCUGCAGGCCUGCCACGCCUUCGCACAGAACAACUACCAGACAAAGCAUCUCGCAAAGAUCUUGAUCCAUUUGGUUUGGUGUUUGCAAGAUUGCACAUCGGAUUCUCCUGUAUCUUAUGGCUCCUAUAGAAAGGCUAUCAAUGCUGCGUAUAUAUCAUCCAUAUUUCUCAAGUUCAUUAUUGAAAAUGCGAAGGCAGAUAACUGGCAAGAGCUAUGCCUUGAUAUCAACAAGAAUGAGAAGGGGAUGGAAACUUUUCCUUCUGACCAAAGCGUGGAGUAUUUUCUGAUGAAAGGGGUGCUGAACUACAUUGGUAGUGUGGAUGUAAGUCCGGAGUCAUGCUACCUGCAUCAUGAGCUUCUGAACUUGAUGCUAGUUCUCAUGUCGACUCAGUUAUGUUCUGGACCAUCUCCAGAACCGAAGGAUGUGCAUCCUUUCAUUGAUGCAGCUAUGCACCAGGACAGUUCCAUAGUGGCUUUGGUAGUUCAAAAGUUGCUGCUAAAUUUCGUAAAGCGGCCACAGAUUCCAUUAAAUGGUUCGCACCCUAUUUUCUCUGAUGAUGGCGGGCCUGGUGUUUUGCAACGAGUUGGCUCAGCAGCUGCAAAUCUUGUACUACUGCCAUAUUAUACUUUUAACUAUCUUGUAAGUGCAAGUGCUGAAGGUGCAACAAGUCAAUUGGCAGAUAAUAGUUUAGUUGUUUUGCUUAUUCUGAUCCACUACCGAAAGUGCAUCUCAACGAAUGAGUCCAUUCCAACCGACAGUAUCUACAUGAGUGAUUCAAAUACCAAUGUAAAGGAUGCACCAGCUUUUCAUGAGAACCCUUAUUGCAGGGCGCUAAACAAUGCUAACGACAUUCAAUUUGAUCGUGCUGAUGUAGAGGGGAAUGCUCAAAAUGGACCUAUUGUGAGGUUGUCUUUUGCGUCGCUGUUUGAUGCUCUUGGCACGUGCUUAAAAGAUGAGAGCUCAGUUCUUUUGCUCUAUUCUUUGGUCCAUGGGAACUGCAACUUUCAGGAGUAUGUUCUGGUUCGAACAGACUUGGAUACUUUGCUAAUGCCUAUUUUGGAAAUGCUCUACAAUGCAUCAAGGAAGACUUCCAAUCAAAUCUAUAUGUUGUUGAUAAUUCUCCUGAUACUCAGUCAAGAUUCAACCUUCAAUGCUUGUGUGCACAAAUUGGUUGUUCCUACCGUUCCUUGGUACCAGGAGCGCCUCAUGCAUCAAACAUCUCUGGGAUCUUUGAUGGUUGUAAUACUAAUUCGAACCAUCAAGUAUAACCUCUCCAAACUGCGAGAUGUGUACCUUCACACAAACUGUCUCGCAAUUCUAGCAAACAUGGGCCCUCAUGUCCAUAGACUGAGCGCAUAUGCAUCUCAAAGGCUGGUUAGCCUCUUCGACAUGCUUUCUCGCAAGUAUGCCAAAUUAGCUGAGUUAAAGAAUGACAAGGCUCUGAAAGUUAUAUCUGAUCAAAUGGAAACAGACCUCAUCUCAGAUGAUAUGUCAACAGAGCUUCACAUAUACACUGACUUCUUAAGAAUUGUUCUGGAAAUCAUCAAUGCAAUCCUUACAUAUGCAUUGCCCAGAAAUCCUGAGGUUGUGUAUGCCAUAUUGCACCGCCAAGAGGUUUUUGAGCCCUUCAAGAACCAUCCUCGUUUCAAUGAAUUGCUUGAGAAUAUUUACACGGUGUUGGAUUUCUUCAACAGUCGAAUGGACAUGCAACAGUUAGAUGGAGAAUGGUCUGUAGACAAGGUUCUUGAGCUCAUUAACAAACAUUGUCGUUCAUGGCGUGGAGAAGGAAUGAAGAUGUUUACGCAGUUACGAUUUACAUAUGAGCAAGAAAGUCACCCCGAGGAAUUCUUCAUUCCAUAUGCUUGGCGGCUUAUCCUAUCACGAGGAUUCUCUUUCAAUCCUGGUGCCAUCAAUCUGUUCCCGGUGGAGAUUCAUGUUGAUGAUACACCAUCAAGCGUACAAAAGGUUUAGAGAUGAUGUGGAACCUUUGAGCUUCUGACAACAACACAGAGAAACGUUUGACCUGUUUUCGCCCCUUGUGGCGAAGAGCUCUUUGUAUAUAGGCGGCAUAUACGAGAUAUAUUCGGAGGUGUAUUCUCAUUCUUUUUCGUGUUAAUAUUUCCAUCUCCCAUAAUGUAAUACCAGAUAGAAUGGUAGGAGGAACUGUAUCUGGUUGAAAAUAGGCAGUGUGUAGGUUCAAUACAGUUCUUUCAUAAGUUAUUGUCUGUAUAUUUACCUCCAAACUGAAAGGCCUGAGGUGUUCAAUACAGUUCUUUCAUAAGUUAUUGUCUGUAUAUUUACCUCCAAACUGAAAGGCCUGGGGUGUUAUCGCCUAUUGACUGUACU